AGUCAAACGUGUAUGAAGAAGAAUUCGCCGCAAUCAUCACGUUUUUAUAAAUUGCUCUACGGAAGAUUACACACAGUGAAUGAGUAUUUUAUUCUACCACCAUUUCUUUCAGUUGUAUUAAAGUGAAAAUAUCAUAAUUUUUGAAAAUGUCCUGGUUACUCGGAAGGAACAGAACUCAACAACCUCAAGAACAAUUAAGUGUGGAUGGAGCGGACAUAGAAGGUAAAACUGCGGGGAGUCGUAGCGGUGAUGCCCAGCUCAGUAAUGCAGAGCGAAAGGCCAUGGAGGCUUAUCGUUUUGAUUCCUCAGCUUUGGAACGAGCUGCGGAAGCAGCACGGCAAUUGGAACGUUCAAAACAUGCCCGCGAAGCUUUGGAACUUUCCAAGAUGCAGGAAUCGACAAGGCAGCAAGAAUACCAGUUAAAGGUCAAAGAGUACGAAGCUCACAUUGAGCAAGCAAAAGUUGAGCAAAAACGAAUUGACCAUGAGGAGAGACGAAAAACGUUACUUGAAGAAACAAAACAACAGCAGUUGCGGGCUCAAUAUCAGGAUCAGUUGUCAAGAAAACGUUAUGAAGACCAAUUGGGUCAACAACAGCGAGUCCAAGAGGAAAACCUAAGAAAGCAAGAGGAAAGUGUGGCCCGUCAAGAAGCCAUGCGACGCCAGACCAUUGAACAUGAAAUUGAGAUGAAAGAAAAAAAUCGACUUAAAUUGCUGGAACAUGAAAUGCGUGUUAAGGCUAAAGUGGAUCGUGAAAACCGCGACAUAAACUUGGAACAAAUACGUCUGAAAGCCCAAGAGCAUCGAACAACUGUGUUGGAAGGCAUACGCACUGCUGGAACAGUUGUUGGCGCUGGAGUUGAAGCUAUGCUCACAGACUGGGACAAGGUAUUGACUGCAGCUGGUGGUUUAUCACUGCUUGCAUUGGGUGUUUACGCUGCAAAAGGAGCAACUGGUGUGACAUCCCGUUACGUAGAAGCGCGCAUAGGCAAACCAACAUUGGUUGGUGAGACGUCGCGUUUUGCAUUUCUUGAUGCCAUACAACAUCCAAUCAAGUAUGUGCAAAAGCUGCGUUCUAAACCAGCUGACGCUUUAAAGGGUGUUAUUUUGAAUCCCAAGCUGGAGGAACGCCUUCGUGACAUUGCUAUUGCAACGAAAAAUACGCGCGUCAAUAAGGGAAUGUAUCGUAACGUAUUGAUGCACGGUCCACCCGGUACCGGUAAGACAAUGUUUGCCAAACGUUUAGCCGCCCAUUCGGGUAUGGAUUAUGCCAUCAUGACUGGUGGUGAUGUAGCGCCUAUGGGUAAAGAGGGUGUCACUGCCAUCCAUAAAGUUUUUGACUGGUCACAAGCUAGUCGUCGCGGCUUACUACUCUUUGUGGACGAAGCUGAUGCAUUCUUACGCAAACGUUCAUCGGAACACAUAUCCGAAGAUUUGCGCGCUGCUUUAAAUGCAUUCCUUUACCGCACAUCUGAGCAAAACUCCAAGUUUAUGUUGGUGUUAGCUUCUAAUACACCCGAACAAUUCGAUUAUGCCAUAAAUGAUCGUCUCGAUGAGAUGGUCGAAUUUUCACUGCCUGGCUUAGAGGAGCGUGAACGCUUGUUACGACUGUAUUUCGACAAAUAUGUAUUGCAGCCGGCUUCUGAAGGACACAAGCGCUUCAAACUGGAUCAAUUUGAUUAUGGUGCUACUUGUACGGAGAUGGCGAAAAUCUGUGAAGGCAUGUCCGGCCGUGAAAUUUCAAAGUUGGGAGUCUCUUGGCAAGCAGCGGUUUAUGCUUCCGAAGACGGCAUUUUGACCGAGAAAAUGGUUUUGGAUCGUUGCCAUGCUGCUGCCCAUCAACACAAACAAAAGAUGGCUUGGUUGUCCGAGCAAGAGCGCAGUGAUCACAAAUCUAUUACCGGUGGAAAGAGCUCAUAAUUAUUAUAAACUGGCGUAGAGAAAAUUAUAUUUCCAAAUGCCGGCGCUAACUUCCUAUACAAAAACGUUUAAUGGCGUCAAUGCGUGGUAUGAGUGCGGUUGAUUGAGUGUGCCAGCAUUUAAAAAAUAUGAUUUUAGUUUCUUUUUUAAUGAUCCAUACAGUUAUGAAAUAAGUAGAUUAACGACACCCGCUUUCCGCAAAGCUUUGAGACUGUCCAACACUGUUCAAGGGCAAUUACAAAAAUUUCCUUGCAUUUAAAUUUGUACCUGAAUGUGACAACGCAGUAUGUAGAGGAUUUGCGGACAUGUUGCUUUUUGCACAACGCUUUUUAUCUGAAUAUAUAUCAAGACUGUUAGAAAUUUAUAUUAAACUUCUACUUGAUAUAAUCGGAUGAUAUGUGUUAUGCUUUUUGACAUAAAUCUCUGUUACCUUUUAAUCAUAUUGGAGUGUUGAUUUUGUUUAAAAAUUAAAUAAGGAAAGUUAAAUAUACCUA